AUGGUUCACCGUAAUCUGCUUGUAUUACUAUUAAUAUCUCAGUUGUUUAAUGCAAGUAAAGGGUCCCAGGUAAAAGUUAUCGAUGGAGGAUAUGAAGAUAUUGUGUUUGCAAUCCAUCCAGAUGUGAAAGAAGAUAACAAAAUGAUUCAUAAGAUACAGGAAAUGGUAAAGGAAGCAUCAAGUUAUUUAUUCCAGGCCACCAAAAAAAGACUUUUCAUAAGAAGUGUUAAAAUCCUCAUCCCAUCUACAUGGACACCAGGAAAUGAUUAUACAAAACCAGCGACAGAAACCUACAACACAGCAGAUAUAAUUAUUUCACACCCAUACCUGAAAUAUGGAGAUGAUCCAUAUACUUUGCAGUAUGGACGUUGUGGAGAGCCAGGAAGAUAUAUCCAUCUGACUCCAAACUUCCUACAGGAUGACAACCUACUCUCAGUGUAUGGACCAAGAGGAAGAGUGUUUGUCCAUGAGUGGGCACAUCUUCGAUGGGGUGUAUAUGAUGAGUACAAUGAAGAUAAACCUUAUUAUGUUUCCGGAAGCAGCAAAGUGGAAGCAACAAGGUGCUCCCCGGAUAUUUGGGGUAUUAAUGUAAUGAAAACAAGUGAAUGUUUUGGAGAAAGCUGUCCGACAAAGGCUUGUCUCUUUGAUUCAGCAAUUGGUCUUUAUGAAGAAGGCUGUGUAUUUCUGCCAUAUACAAGCACAUCCCAAUUUUCCCAGGAAUCUAUAAUGUAUACACCGGCAUUCUCCACAGUCACUGAUUUCUGUGACUCCAAUACCCACAACACCGAGGCUCCAAAUCUACAAAACAGAAUGUGCAAUUUCCGCAGUACAUGGGAUGUUAUCAAGGACUCAACAGAUAUAAGUUUCAGUCCUCCAAGACCUGACUUCAGUCCUCCAGUCCCAUCCUUUACUCUGAUGCAGUAUAGGGACAGAGGGAUUACUGUAGUCCGUGAUGCAUCUGGAAGCAUGAUAAUGGUGGGUUCUAGGAUAAUCCAGCCCUUCCAGAUGCAGUACUGGCUAGUUUUAUCCCGCACCAUAAUCAACUUUGCUAUUUGUUUCAUAAUAAACACCCAACUGGAGAGCACGGAUCUAGACCUGAAACCAAGAGCAUGUUUGAAUGGUACCAUCUUCAUUGACAGAACAGUGGGGAACGACACCUCAUUUAUGGUCACCUGGCAGACAGCUAUACCAGAUAUUCAUUUACAAGAUCCAGAGGGAAUCAUUUAUACUCAAGUACAAUUCAGCAGCACUGCCACUUCAAAACUGUCUACACUUCAGCUGUCAGGAACAGCAAAGAGAGGACGCUGGGAUUACGGACUUUGUAACCCUCUUACAUCAAACCAAGUUGUUGGCAUUACCGCAGAGUCCAAAGCAGCAGACAACAAUGUGCCACCGAUUAUCGCCAGUUGCCAUAUGAACAGUAAUACAAAUGAUUACCCAAAACCCAUGGUUAUCUAUGCAUCUCUAAGCCAAGGUCUGGUACCUGUGACUGGAGCAAAAGUCACUGCUAUGAUCGAAUCAGAGAGUGGAACGUUGGUGACUACAGAGCUUUUGGAUAAUGGAGCAGGUGUCGACAUAGCAAUAAAUGAUGGAAUCUACUCAAGAUACUUCACUUCUUUUACUGAAAAUGGAAAAUACAGCUUGAAAGUGAGAGUUAUCAGUGAAGACAACCAAAGUCGAUUAACUUUACCAAGGAGUCGUGCUCUUUAUAUACCUGGCUAUAUUGACAAUGACAAGAUCUUUUUAAAUCCACCGAAACCUAAUAUUACUGAUGAGGACCUACAGCAUAACUGUGGAGCAUUUAGUAGGGCAGCAUCUGGUGGUUCUUUUGUUGUGUCCAAUAUACCUUCAGGGGUACUGCCAGAUAUUCACACACCGGAAAAAAUAUCUGACUUGGAAGCAAAAUUAGUUCAAUUCAGGACUAUAUUGUCUUGGACAGCAACUGGGGAUGAUCUGGACCAAGGACAAGCGUCAAAAUAUGAACUGAGAAUGAACACUGACCCACAGAGAAUCAGAGACCAUUUUGAAACCAGCACACUGGUGAACACUGACAGUUUCAUCCCACAGCCAGCUGGAUUUAAGGAAAACUUUUUAUUUGUACCUGAAAGUAUCACCAUAGCAAACGGCACUACCCUUUACUUUGCAAUAGUUGCUAUAGACAAAAUGGGGCAGAAAUCAGACAGGUCUAACAUUGCCCAAUCUGUUUUCUAUAAUGUCCCACUGCCACCCCCUACUACUUCUAUACCAAAUGCAGAUACAACUAGACAAGAGCUCACUACUGCACACAAACUAACUCUAAUAACAUCUGUAUUAAAUACACCCUCUAAAGAUUCCAAUGGGAAAAUUAGCACAUUAGCAAUAACUGCUAUAGUAUGUUCUGCAGUAGUCCUAAUAUGUCUAAUUGUAUGCAUAGUUAUUUGUGUUGAAGCCUGCAAAAAAAAUAAAGGACACCAUGUAUAG